AAAAAAGAUGGAUACUUUUAUUAGUGAGCACAUAAAACAACUUAACGCGUCUCUUGAUACAACAUUCACAAAGCACGUACAAGAGUAUAGCUCGGUUCAGCAGAUAAGCGAUAGCUUGUUAAAGUCAACACAAGCGCUUGACCUUUCGUCACUACCAUCUCUAGAACACAUUCAAGACAACUUGGUGACAUUGACACAACUUCGAGAAAAGGAAAGCGUUGAUACAGAUUUAGAGUGGCUAUUUAUUGCCAAAUGUACGCUAGCUGUCUAUGGAUAUGUUUUCUCAGAUGUGUUGAACUUGACACUUCCUGUGUCUGAAUCGAUCGACUAUUGGAAUGGAAUCGAGGGUAGCACAUGGCAAGAAACAUAUUAUGCCUUACAAACCAUACCUUUUCGUCUUUAUUCACUUGCUAGGGACGCAACCCGCCAUAUCUCCAACUCAGUUGAUAUGUCAUCACUAUUCACCUCUUCUGAUUACUUACUGACACAGCUAUUUCCAAUCCACAGCAGAAAAUCACUUGAUGCUCGUAAAUUCUUUGGCUCGCUUCAACGUCGUCCCUUUCUAUUGCAAAUGAUUCAUGAAGAGAUUCGACUCAAGAGAAAAGCCUUGGAAAAAUUCCGUUCUGAACAAGCAGCCAAUUUAGGUAUGCUGCUGACCGCAUCUCCUCAGUUCAAUAACUCGGCAGGAGGAAAAACGUUUGGGCAGUCGGUCGGCUCUCAAGUGAACCAGAGUGUACAAAUGCUGUCAUUUCUCCUGAAUCCGGAUACGACAAUCAAUCAGGCGUCGAUGCUAGCCUCUCUUGCUGACACCUCAAAAGAGGCAGUGAUCGAUAAUGCCGUUGAUGCUCUCACGCGUAUCAUUCAUCAAUGGCCCAACGCUCGCAAGAGACACGUUACGGCCGUACAGGAGUCAUAUGGUAAACCGUCUAGGCUGACGCGAUAUUGGAUUCCGGCCGUCCUUUCUUAUUUUCUUGGCCAGAUCGCCCUUCGAUAUGCUCUAAAUCGAAAGGAGGAUAUUGUCCGGUGCGUGGGGGAACUUGGAAACACAGUGCAUGAUUUCUUAAUUAAUUGGGUUUGGGAACCUGUGAGGAAAGUUUGGGAGACGAUCAGGUUGAAGGAUCAGCAGCUGAGACUCUUGAGCAAACAGGGAUUGCAAAGUGAUUUAGAGUCAUUGGAACGAAUGGUCAUUGGGUUUGCAAAAGAUAACCUACAUUGGACAGAAGGCGAUCUUGCUAAGCUGGCAGAAGAUAUUCGGGAAGGAGAUAUUUCGGUUGUGUUGAGAGAGUAUGAAAGAGAGAUAAAGAGUCCUUUGAAAAACGCUGUUCUUGGCGACUUACUUCAGACUAUUCUUAUUCAAGUACAGAAAACAAAGGUGGAUGUUGAUUUAGCAAUGUCUGCUCUAGACAAGUUGCUUCGAUCCAACGAGCUUAAUUUUGCUUUCUUAGCUGUUGCGCCUUCCAUGUUGCUCACAUGGGCAUCGGCCUCAUGGCUAAAAGGCUUAAUAGAGGGAAGAAUGAAGCAGCGUAUUGCCAAAGCUGGAUUACCUAUCCGUGAAACACUCAGACGAAUCGAAAGACAAUUGAUUAUCAGGACACCACCACAGCAGCUAAGUGAGUGGCAUAUGAGUGCAUCUCAAGCAUGGCGACAAGAAAUGAAGACAAAUGAUGAAAGUAUGCUACAAGCAGACUGUGAAACCCAAGGACUGUUGUUAUGUGAAGUUCAUUUAUUACGAGCCUAUGCCUCAACGUUGCCCAGUCGAAAUAACACACGGGCGAGAUUUUUAGAAGAUAUUCGAGACUUGGAAAACCCAAAUUUGAGUAAUGCUCAAAAGAUACAAACUAUUGCUCGCAUGAGUCGAUUCUGGAAGUUUAUCUAAGUCGUCUCUCCUAUACUUUACUCCUUAUUUUAUAUCUUUUUUUAUAAAACUGUAUGUGUCCUUUUUUCUGUUCCCUGCAUUUUAUUUUAUAUCAAAUGAAACAUUUCGCCACAGUCUUCUUUAUUUGUCUUGUAUUCAUCACUUUAACCCAAGCAAGACCCACUGACGGAGUCACGACGAAUGAGGUGUCAGGAAAAGGUCACAGCCAUAAUUUCAAACACACCAAGACGACAGUUUAUACCGUAGGCUCAGACGAUGGUACAGCUAUGGAGUUUACUGAUGCAGAUGUAGCGAAUUUUCCCGAGUUGGAACGAGUGGUGACCGAAAGUAACCAAGUUUAUCAGAGUGAUUCUAUCUGAGGCUCAAUAAAUAAGUGUAUGUAUGUUGUGUAAGUGUGGCG